AUGUCAUCACUGCGUUUCGUACCACAAUGUAGUAAACCAUCCGUGGACGUUCUACAACGAUUCCGCGAUGUUCUAGCGUCCGUCAAUCGAUUCCUUGUUCUGACUGGUGCUGGAAUCUCGACAGAAUCUGGUGAUGACCUGUUCCGUAUUAAUUCACGUAUACCCGACUAUCGCUCCGAGAAAGUGGGUCAAUACGCUCGUUCGAAUCACCGACCAAUGGAUCAUUCGACUUUUAUGAAAUCCGAAAAAGCUAGACAACGCUAUUGGUCAAGGAAUGCGAUUGCAUGGCCACUUUUCUCCAAGUCGGAGCCGAAUGCAACGCAUUAUCAAAUUGCAAAAUGGGAAAUGUCAGAUAGGUUCAGUUGGUUAAUAACGCAAAAUGUCGAUGGCCUACAUCGUAAGGCUGGUUCCAAGCUGUUAACCGAACUCCAUGGUUGUAGUCAUCGAGUUCGCUGCAUGAACUGCAACCAAGUCUAUCCACGUGAAGAGGUACAACAAUGGAUAAUGAAUGCGAACAAAGACUGGUAUGUAUCGGAAGUAGGUGAAAUGGCACCUGAUGGUGAUAUCGCAAUACCCGACGAGGCUGUCAAAUCGUUCAAGUUACCGUAUUGUCCCAGUUGUGGGCCAGGCUCAAUCCUAAAAACCGAUGUGGUUUUCUUUGGGGAUUGUGUAGCGGGCAAAAUUGUUGAUUUCUGCUAUCAAAAGUUGGAAGAAAGCGAUGGAAUACUGGUGUUGGGCUCAUCGCUGGCUGUAAUGUCCGGCUAUCGUUUCGUUCAUAAAGCAUCGCUCAGAGGAAUGCCCAUACUGAUUGUAAAUAUCGGACCAACAAGAGGUGAUCACUUGGCUACUGUGAAAUUGACGGCGAGAUGCGGCGACAUUAUUCAAUCUAUCUAA